GUCGCCGCCACCGCUUCCCGGACCCGCAGCCUCGGGGCAUCGCGGGCGCACGGGCUCCGGGGGACGAUUUUCUCUCCGCCGUCGUCUAGGGGCCGCUUUGAGCGCCCCGACCUGCAGGUCUCGGCCAGGACUUUCUGAAAUGGGCCUUGCUGCUGCUCUUCGGGAAUAAUCCAAGCAGGCGAAGAUGGGGCCACACCGCUUGACGUCCUGUCCCCAGGACAUGGUCACCUUCCCUGAUGUGGCUGUGAGAUUCUCCCUGGAGGAGUGGCCAUGCCUGGAUGCCUCUCAGAGGAAACUUUAUAGAGAUGUGAUGCUGGAGACUUAUGAGCACCUGCGGGCAGUAGGGCAUUGCAAGGUGAAGCCUGCACUAAUCUCCUGGUUAGAAGGAGGAGCCCUGGGAAGGCUGCAGAAAGGCGUGUUUGCAGUUAAAUCUCCUUGGGUGGCCUUGAGAGUGGGACAGAGUAAACAGCAGAAGGAAAUGGCCAGGACACCAGUAAGUAAGGAAUGUAGCUCAAAGGAAUUGUCAAGAGCACGUAAUCUGCUGAAGAGAAGUGGCUCACAGCAAGCCCAGAAACCACCAUCCCCUCCUGGAAAAGCAAGCACCUCUGGACAAGACUCUAAACCAAAACUGAAAUUCAGGAAAAAGGAGACAGAGGUGAAGAUAUAUAGCUUAAGAGAAAGAAAGGGCCAUGUAUAUCAGGAGGUCAGCGAGCCCCAGGAUGACGACUACCUAUAUUGUGAGAACUGUCAGAACUUCUUCAUCAACAACUGCUCUGUUCAUGGAUCUCCUAUAUUUAUAAAGGACAAAGCAGUAGCAAAGGGGCAUUGUAACCGUGCAGCCCUCACUCUGCCACAUGGGUUGAGAAUCGGACCAUCAGGCAGCAUCCCUAAGGAGGGACUUGGAGUAUGGAAUGAGGCCUCUGCUUUGCCAGUGGGACUGCACUUUGGCCCAUAUGAGGGCCAGAUCACAGAUAGUAAAGAGGCAGCUAACAGUAUGUACUCCUGGCAGAUCACCAAAGGGAGAAAUUGCUAUGAGUAUGUGGAUGGAAUAGAUGAAUCUUUGGCAAAUUGGAUGAGGUAUGUGAAGUGUGCCAGAGAGGAUAAGGAGCAGAACCUCGUGGCUUUUCAGUAUCAUGGGCAGAUCUUUUACCGAACCUGCCGUAUCAUCAAGCCAGGAUGUGAACUAUUGGUCUGGUAUGGAGACGAGUAUGGCCAGGAACUGGGCAUGAAGUGGGGCAGCAAGUGGAAGAGUGAAUUUACAGCAGAGAAAGCAGAACCAAAGCCAGAAAGCCAUCUGUGUCCCUUCUGCUCCCUCGCCUUCUCCAGUCAGAAUUUCCUCAGUCGUCACAUGAAGCGUAGUCAUCCUUCUUGGAUCCCCCCAGGAACAUCUGCAAGAUCACACUCUCAAGCAGAGAAUUCCUGUCUACCAAAUCAAAACCAAUGGCAGCUACAUUCUGUUCCAUGUAAUGACAAAUAUGACAAACCAAAGAAUGACAAACAUGGAAGUCAAAAGCAAAAAGAAAGCUCAAUACCUUUGGCUAAGAAGAUAAGGCAUGAAAGAAUAUCAACAGCCUUUUCUAUUCUAUCUAGCAGUCAAGUAGGGAGAUCCAAUACACAUGAGAUGACAAUUGAGGAAGAAACUAAUACAGGCCAGAAAGAAAAUCCAAACAACACAGACAGAGUAGUUGCAGGGAAAGGAAUGCAAAGAAUGUUAAGAGACAAGUAUGUAAAACCUGACCAUGGCAUUAAUCUGAGGUCAGGUCUCACCACAUACCAGAAAACACAUACAGGAGAGAAGCCCUAUGUUUGCAGAGAGUGUGGGAAAGGCUUCAUUCGGAUGUCACAUCUCAUCAGACAUCAGAUGACACAUACAGGGGAGAAGCCAUAUAUUUGCAGGGACUGUGGGCAAGGCUUCAGCCAGAAUUCUAAUUUAAUUGCACACCAGAGGACACACACAGGGGAGAAACCCUAUGUUUGCAUGGAGUGCGGCCGAAGCUUCCGUCAGAGGUCAGAUCUCAUUACACACCAGAGGACACACACAGGGGAGAAGCCUUAUGUUUGCAGGGAUUGUGGACGAGGCUUCAGUGUGAGGUCAAAUCUCAUCAAACACCAGAGGAUACACACAGGAGAGAAGCCCUAUGUUUGCAGAGACUGUGGACAAGGCUUCAGACUGAAAGCAAAUCUUAUCACACACCAGAGGACACAUACUGGGGAGAAACCCUAUGAGUGCAUGCAUUGUGGGCGAGGCUUCAGACUGAGGUCAGAUCUCAACACACACCUGAGGACACACACAGGUGAGAAACCCUAUAUUUGCAGGGAAUGUGGGCGAGGCUUCAGCCACAGAUCAGCUCUCAUCAAACACCACAGGACACAUACAGGGGAGAGGCCCUAUGUUUGCAGAGAGUGUGAACAGGGCUUCAGCCUGAAGUCACAUCUCAUCAGACACCAGAGGAAACACACUGGGGAGAAGCCAUUUGUUUGCAAGGAGUGUGGGCGAGGCUUUAGUUGGAACGCAGAUCUCAUUGCACACCAGAGGACACACACAGGGGAAAAGCCCUUUGUUUGCAGGGAGUGUGGGCGAGGCUUCAGUCACAGGUCAGGUUUCAUCACACACCAGAGGACACACACAGGGGAGAAGCCCUAUGUUUGCAUGGAGUGUGGUCGAGGUUUCAGUGCGAGAUCAAAUCUCAUCGCACACCAGAGGACACACACAGGGGAGAAACCCUUUGUUUGCAGGGAGUGUGGGCGAAGUUUUCGUCAGAGGUCAAAUCUCAUCAUACAUCAGAGGACACACACUGGAAAGAAGCCAGGUGAUUGCAGGGAGUGUGAACAAGGCUUCAGUCUAAAGGCAAAUCUCAUCACACACUAGACACAGGUGAGAAGCACUUUGAAGCAAAGGUGACUAAUGAACAAUAAUUAAAUCUUA